AUGGCUAAUUCGCAACCUUGCCGUUCCAUGUUACAAGCUCUAACCCUCCAACCCUCAGCGCUGCAGCAUUCUCCGGGUCAUACUACAUUUGCACGAAGCAACGCAAAUAUGAGAAGAGCUACUUCUGCUGUCCAUAUUAAAACUUCAAAUAUCCCGGUCUCAAGGCUAGAUGAAGCGAGGCAGCAUCCACCUGUGGCAAGAGCAAAAGAGGGACAGGAUGUUCUACGCUCCUUUGUUGGGCUACUGGAGGGGACCCGAGAGGAACUAGCAGAAGACCUCAACACAGCAAUUUCAAACAAUGAAGAGACUAUGAAAAACCGCCUCGAUGAAAUGACUACGGCAUACAUUAAAAGGGCAGACCAAUUUCAAGUCGACUGCAGGAAAAUCUUUGCCCAAAUCCAGACCUCAGACCCUAAGGACCUAUCAGCGAAAUCUAAUUCCGUGAGCGUAUCUGGAAUUGAUCUGGAUACAUUUAUGAGAACUGUUGAAGCUGAAAAUCGAUCCCUGGACCGGCUAUGGGCCGAAUGGGAGAAGAUACAUCAGAAAAUAACCUAUCUUGCUGUUGAGGUUCUGGGCGUGGAUGAGGCCGGUAUCGCCAAGGGGUCGAACACGAGGAUAAUGAAGAAGAGAAUAAACCGUGCUGCUGCUUUGUUCCGCAAACAAGUUUCCGAACAAGAAGCAAUGCUUGCUGAACUUCAGAAACAAGAUCACGCCAUCGUGACGACAGCAACUAAUUCGGUAAAACAGCUAAAGGCCCGCCAGAAGAAAUGUACCGAUCGGAGGAAGAAGCAGCGUGAGGAGGUUUGUCAGCUAGCGAAGAAGAUGAUGGCAAAUGUUUGA